AUGAUUCAGGAGUUGUUAAAGACCCCAAAACCCCCCACCGCACCAGAACCCUCCGCACGAGACUGCCUGAAAUCGCUGGCCUUCCACGAAAUGGAUAGUCGGUUUCAUGAAAUCGGUGCCGCUGCUCCGGACACCUGCAAGUGGCUUCCUCUUCACCGCCUGCUAUGGAUCAAGGGGAAGCCCGGCUCGGGAAAGUCGACGUUGCUACGAUUCGCUCUUAACAAUACAAUGGCCGCCUCCAACAUCCCUACAAACGACGCUAUCGUUCUCUCUUUCUUCUUCCACGGUCGCGGUGUCGAACUCCAAAGGGCGUUGCUCGGCCUCUUUCGGUCACUCCUCUAUCAGCUCCUCAGCAAGCUUCCCGACAAACUGAGUGAUCUUCAUACAGCCUUUACCAAGCACAAGGACUCUGUCAAGCCGGGAGAGGAGUGGCACUGGCCUCUAGACGAGCUACAAUCCCUAUUCGGGUUGUCGCUUAAGGAGGCUCUGAAAGAGCAGCCGGUCUGGCUCUUUGUCGACGCCCUAGAUGAAAGCGGCAGAGCGAGCGCGAUCAAGCUAGUCGAUCAGCUCAACUCCAUACGUCAGACACUCCCAACGACCGGGUCACCGUUUCGCAUCUGCUUCACCUGCCGCCACUAUCCGGUGCUUGACUGGCAUGUUGGCCAGGAUCGCGUAUUCAAAAUAUGCCCCGAGGACAACAAUGGAGCCGAUAUUUCAAGUUACGUGCAAGCCCGGCUUUCUACGUUCCGUGACCUCGUGGAAGCUAGGAUUCCGACUUCAAUCACUGAACGGGCUCGCGGCGUUUUCAUGUGGGCGCGUCUCGUGGUGGACACGGUUCUGGAGUGUAAGAGCCGAGGAGAAGGAUUGGCAAAGAUCCAAAAGGAGAUCUCUUCUAUCCACCAGGACCUAGAUCAGCUAUACCACAAGCUCAUCCAGGACAUGGACGAGAAGGCAGCCUCUCUAAAACUGAUGCAAUGGAUCUGCUUUGCCACACGGCCCCUAACCCUGGACGAAUUACGAUGGGCUCUGGUCAUCGAUGCCGACUGCUCGUUCGAGAGAUUUCAGGAUGCGAAACUUGACGUAACCGACGCCGAUAUGAUGGAGACGAGACUUAAAGCGCUCAGUCGUGGUCUUGCGGAAGCCGUACCUUCAUAUAACGUACCCGACGCCGAUAUGAUGGAGAGAACACGUGAAGCGCUCAGCCAUGACCUUGAGGAAGCCGAACCUCCAUCCAACACAAAGGUUGUGCAGUUUAUCCACCAGUCGGUCAAGGACUUUUUUGUCGAUAAAGGCUUGUCGGCUCUGGACAUGAACGCAAAAUCCGAUUUCGCAGUCGGAACCGCACACUAUCGGCUGUCCAGGGCUUGCAUACGCUACUUGUCAAUGGAGGAGAUAAGACGGUCAACCGCCCGCGAUCGGGAUAAGCUAAAGUCGGAGUUUCCACUGCUACACUACGCUACGACGUCGUGGGUAGCGCACGUGCGACGAAGCCAGGAGAAGGAGAUCUCCCAAGACGAUCUUCUAAAUUCUUUUGAAUGGCCAUCGGAGGCUCGUUUGGAAGUAUGGGAAGUAUGGGUACAGAUUUACUCCAUACUCGACAGAUACUCAGGCCACUGCCCACGAGAAGGAACGAGCAUAGUACACGUAGCAUCGCGCUACCAGUUAAUGGGGCCGCUGCGAGCAAUUCUACGUAGGACGGGACAGACUAUCGCUGCUGUCGAUGCGAAAGACGAGGAUGGCCGUACGCCGCUGUCGUGGGCUGCCGAGAACGGACACGAGGCGGUUGCGGUUAUAAGGCUCCUGCUCGAUCGGGGCGCUGCUGUCGAUGCAAAGGAUCGGUAUGGUCAGACGCCGCUAUCGUGGGCUGCCGAGAACGGGCACGAGGCAGUCGUAAGUCUGCUUUAG